AUGUGUACUACUUGUGGUAGGCGACACUGGGGACGUUGCCUAGCCGGCUCUUGGGUCUGUUUUCGAUGUGACCAGAAGGGGCAUAUGUCAGAGAGAUGCCCAAGGAGGAACGCGCCUGAACAUAAGGGGCAUCCCGUAAGCUUGUUUCAGGGGGGCUCGAGUCAUCAACAGCAGCAGGGUAGGGUGUUCUCUACCACUCGGUGUGAGGCCGAGAAGUCAGGCACAGUGGUGACAGGUACGCUUCCCAUUUUGAGGCACCAUGCUUUAGUUUUGUUUGAUUCUAGCUCUUCGCAUUCAUUUAUAUCUUCUAUAUUUGUAAGGCAUGCCAUGUUAGACUCAGAACCUUUGCCAUUUGCAUUGUUCAUUUCCACUCCAUCAGGAGAGAUCAUGUUAGCUACAGAAAAGAUAAAAGCAUGUCAGGUAAAGGUAGAAAAUCGCGCAUUAGAUGUAACCUUGAUAAUUUUAGAUAUGCGUGAUUUAGAUGUGAUAUUGAGCAUGGAUUGGUUAGCUGCUAAUCAUGCCAGCAUAGAUUGCUUCCGUAAGGAGGUUAUCUUUAACCCUCCUACAGGAGCCAGUUUUAAGUUUAAAGGGGUUGGGAUCGUAGUCCUACCCAAAGUGAUUUCAGCAUUGAAGGCCAGUAGACUGUUUGACCAAGGAGCCUGGGGCCUGUCUCUUAUACACAUCUAG